GCCAAGUGACAUUUUGCCUUUUACAUAAUACUUUUGCUGCGAUAGAGAAUUUUUCUCGCAUACACACAUUUUCGUCAAACAUUCAAAGAACAGUAAUUUCUUUUUAGAUUUUAAGUCGAUUUAACAUUCCGACAUUGGAACGAUAACCAUCGAAAAUGAUGUGGAUGCAAAAAGUCACUGGUGCUGCUCCAGCAGUCAAUGCCAUCAUUGCAAAUAGUUUGUACGCUCAGCAGAGCCGUAACAUGGCCACUUUGAAAGCAAUUUCCAUGCGCUUGAAGUCGGUGAAAAAUAUCCAGAAAAUCACCCAAUCCAUGAAGAUGGUGUCAGCCGCUAAAUACGCCCGCGCUGAACGUGAUCUGAAACAAGCUCGUCCAUUCGGUGAAGGCGCAAAGAAGUUCUACGAAGUAGCUGAAGUCAAGGCACCAACAGACAAUGCAAAGGAACUUUUGGUUGCAAUCACAUCCGAUCGAGGUUUGUGUGGUGCUGUGCACACUGGUGUUGCCCGUUCCAUUCGUAACGAUCUUCAAUCGCGUACUGGAAGUACCGAGAACACGAAAAUUGCAUGCGUUGGCGAUAAAUCGCGAGCCAUUUUGCAACGUUUGUUCGCCGAUAAAUUUGUGUUCGUUGCCAACGAAAUCGGCCGUACACCACCAACUUUCUUAGACGCAUCUGGAGUAGCCAAGAACAUUUUGCAAUCGAACUUUGACUUUUCGCACGGCUCAAUUGUUUAUAACAAAUUCAAGAGUGUCGUUUCGUACAGCUGCUCCACCAUACCAAUUUUCAGCGUUAAAGCCGUUGAAUCGUCGGAAAAUAUUGCCGUUUACGAUUCACUCGAUUCCGAUGUGUUGAACGACUAUUUGGAAUAUUCAUUGGCAUCGCUCAUUUACUAUACGAUGAAAGAAAGCGCUUGUUCCGAACAAUCAUCACGUAUGACAGCCAUGGACAAUGCUUCGAAGAAUGCCGGUGAAAUGAUUGAUAAACUUACAUUGACAUUCAACCGUACUCGACAGGCUGUCAUCACUCGUGAAUUGAUUGAAAUUAUCUCGGGUGCAGCCGCUUUGAAUUAAGCAUCUCCAAUAUCAAAUAACUGCGUCAAAUAACAGCCAGUUUUAAUUUUUGUCAUUCCAAUUAAUUCAAUAGAACGAAAGCAUUCUGAACAGAUCUAAAUAUACAUUUCGGUAUUAAACUGUCAAACUGUUAAUCCAUAGGCAUUUAUUCGUGCAAAUUUAUGAAUAAUUUGGCGAUACGUUUUUUGUUUCACAUUUAAUUUUUUGUUGGAAUUCCAUGGAAUGUAAAAUAAAAAAAGAUAAAUAAAUCGGUAUAAAGAAUGA